AUGCCGACCCCAACCGUUUCAAUUCACUAUCGCCUUCCACAGGCUAUCCGACCCCGGAUCCACGAUGGCCCAAUUGUGGUACACCGACCCUCAGACAACACCACCUGUGUCUUUUGGAUCCGCGACUAUGUCAUGCCUGGUCCACGCAGUGCACCUACGAGCUACAACUACGCCUAUUUUCUCAGAGAUCUCGUAGAGAAUUUUGACUACGAUAAUCUCCGUGAUGAGAUCCAGUGGCAGAUGAAUCCUUCCUACCAACGCUUGCUUCGCUUGAACGUGCAAGGGCUCGGAGUCAACAGUGUUGAAGAAAUGCGUCCUAUCACUUGCUUUGUGCGCACAGUCGAUGAGUGGUUGUCUGCCUUAGUUGCAAUGCAAAGCAGCCGCUCCACUGGGAUUGCCAGACUCGACCUCAUGGAACUUCAAAAUGCACACUCUACCAUGGCCAGCCCACCUCCCAAUGUGCAUGCAGCACACUUUUUCAUCGUGCGCUCUCCUCCAGACACGAACCUGGACUAG